AUGUUCACCGCCGCCACCAUCUGGCGCUGCUUCUCCCCAUUCAAGAUUCUCUUCACUUCGCUCACCCUUCUAUCCAACAACAAACUCCUCUUCACAACCCUCUUCAUCUUCACCAUCCUCCCUCUCUCAACCCUCACUAUCCACCAAUCCAUCUUCACACAACCACUCACCUCUCAAAUCCGCCACCUCGAAGCCUUGUCUCACUUCGCUUCAACCCAAUUCGAAGCUCGCCAUGUUAAGCAUGAAUCUCGAAAAGAUGCUGUUUUUCUCAUCCGUGUUAAAGCCCUUUUCUCUUUCCCUUCUUACAUCAUCUCCCUCAUCUCCACUCUCUCCGCCGUACACUCCUCUCUCCUCGCCGCCCAUGGUAUCACCCCGACACUCCACUCGGCCGUCGCCUCCUUCAAACCCAACAUCAUGCGACUCCUCGUAACUUCCAUCUUUGUCUACGCCAUCCUCUUUGUGUUUUCCUCUUUGCCUCUCUUCUCAACCGCACUCGGGUCGAAUACUUUCGUCUUCUUUAUCGGGUCGGGUCUCGAGGUUUACUUAAUGGCGGUGUUGGGCGUCGGUCUGGUGGUGUCCGUGGCCGAAGAGAGAUUCGGAUGGGAUGCUAUUAGAACAGGAUCCGGUUUAAUGGAAGGGAACCGGGUUUGCGGGUGGGUUCUUUCGGGUUUAUUUAUGUGGGUUUCGAGUUUGAUCGGGUCGAGGAUAGACGGUGAGGAUUCGUUUGAAGAUGAAGCAGUUGUAAUAGUUUGUUAUGGAUUGGUGGUGCUAUGUAGUUACGUGAUAAUGACGGUUUUUUAUUGUGAGUGUAGAAAACGGCAUUCAAUUAGGGAAUUUCAUCAAAUCGAUGAAGAAGUUCAAGAUCAAGAAACUCAACUUUCUGUACUAUAG